AAAGCCAGCCAAUUCAGCUAGUGUCAGAGUGAAGAAGCGGGUGGUGUUUGUUCAAGUGAAGCAUUUUUUGCGGCCUUUUGCAGCAAAUUACACGAAAUUCGGCUCCAAACUAUCACGAAACCGGUGCCGGGCACUCGUGUCACAAGAGAAAGCUAAAAGGACAGAAGCGCGACGAUGGCCGACGAAAGUCUUUUGAACGAUUCCAACCUGGGUGCGCUCGGAUCGAACGACGACGACUCGGAACUGAUCAUUGAGGAUGAUUACCUGAAAGGAGCCGAGAUGCAAAUCGAUCCCGAGCUGGAGGCCAUCAAGGCCCGCGUCAAAGAGAUGGAAGAGGAAGCAGAAAAGUUGAAACAGUUGCAGUCCGAGGUUACCAAACAGAUGACCCUGGGCUCGCCAACGGGGGCCACCCCGAUCAUGAGCGCCGAAGAAAAGGCCGAAAUCGACAAUCGGUCGAUCUACGUUGGCAACGUAGAUUACGGUGCGACGGCCGAAGAGCUGGAGGCACACUUCCACGGCUGUGGAACCAUCAACCGAGUCACAAUCCUGUGCAACAAAGCGGACGGCCAUCCGAAGGGCUUCGCCUACAUCGAGUUUGGCUCGAAGGAGUUUGUCGAGACGGCGCUCGCGAUGAACGAAACGCUGUUCCGGGGCCGCCAGAUCAAGGUCAACCCAAAGCGCACCAACCGGCCCGGUAUGUGCACCACCAACCGAUUCCCGCGGGGCAUGCGAGGCCGAGCCUCGCGCGUCUCCCGUGCCUGCUGUUACGGAGCCCACCGAGGAACACGAAGGCCAGCUCGCGGAUACCGAGGACGAGCCACGUUCUACACACCUUAUUAGGAUUAAAUCACACAGAGAGAAUCAGAGAGCGAGAAAGCCGCGUCGACAUAAACACUGACGAUUUAGAGUAUAGAGAGAGUUUGCAACCCUUACAUUUAAACACACGCAUCUGCCUCCACGGUGGCAGUUAGUGGUAAGUAAUCGGUCAGUCCGUUUUUUUUUUCGUUUCACACUCUCUAUUGUUUCUGGCCCGAUUUUGCGCGUUUGAUUCUUCGCCCGACAAGCAGAGACAAACAGCAAAUUUUAAAAUUCUUCUGUGAUUACGACCUCCUACAUCUAUUAUCAUCUGUCUUUAGUUCUGUUUUUGUAGCGUUGGUUCUAAACUAUUGUACAAAAAUGUCUUCGCUGUGUUGAUUAGAAAUUGCAAUGGUAGAUUUUGGUUCGAUUUUUCGUAGUUAGUUGCUUACUUUUGGGUUUAUUUUUGUUUUACUUUCGCACUAGUUAGCCUCUUAAUCAGAAGUACGGGAUUUCGCUGUAAUAAAUGCACGUUUUAAUAUUUAUAGAA